UGCCAUGGGUCUGCCUGGUAACAAGCAGCGCCCCCCGAGGACAAGCCUAGCAAUGAGCCUCGACUGUUCACUGUCCGUCACACCACUAGAGGGAGCCACCAAACGGCAAAACCUCUCAGUCGACUUUGUCAACAAACAUCAACAAAUCCUCUAUAGACCGUCAUGUCGGGGGCUUCGCUACGAAAGUGUAUGUCGUUGCUGUUGUUUAGAGGAAAACUGUUCAGUCCAGAGCACAGUGCUUUAUGUUCAUACCACAAGAAAGUGGUUGACCACUAUGAAAAUCCAAGAAAUGUAGGCUCUUUAGAUAAGAAUGCCCAGAAUGUGGGCACUGGGUUGGUGGGUGCACCAGCCUGCGGUGAUGUGAUGAAACUACAGAUACAAGUGGAUGAUAAUGGCAAGAUUGUGGAUGCAAAAUUCAAGACAUUUGGUUGUGGGUCAGCCAUUGCGUCUAGUUCUUUAGCUACUGAGUUGGUGAAGGGGAAAUCUGUUGAUGAAGCCCUCCAGAUUAAGAAUACAGAUAUUGCUAAAGAACUCUGCCUGCCCCCAGUCAAACUUCAUUGCUCUAUGCUUGCAGAAGAUGCCAUUAAAGCAGCACUAUCAGACUAUAGGUUAAAACAACAAGACAAGAAGUAGUAAUAAAAAUAGAUACAAUGGUGCCAUGUGUGUCCAGUAAUUAAUAUGUUUUUGUACAGCCUUUGGAAGAGAACCUUUUAAGAGAUGCAUUCCUGUAUUUCAGUCACAACAAAUGUGAUUAUAAUGAAACUAAUGCUUUAUUUUUGAGGCUGAACAAUAAUGUAUGCUAAAAUAGCAUUGCUUAUUUAAAGAUAUUUAUUAGUAUUAAAUACACUCUAAAAUUUAAAUUUAUCAUACACACACACACACACACACACAGACCAGCAUAUUUAGAUAAUUGGAUCUGGAGUUCCAGUGUGUGAGUUUCUCUGUUCAAAUUAAGUGUAAAAUAAAACCCACACAUUUCAAAGCAUCA